AUGUUAUGCCAGGGCGAAGCUUUCCAUGAAAUAACAAAACAUGUUUCUAAUGUUAAAGAGAUACUUGAUGAAGAAGAGGAAUCAUUCUCUCGUACAUUGGAUCGUGGUGAAAAGCUCUUUGACACUUAUUUGCAAAAAGCCAAACAAAAUGAUACCACAUCACUUCCGGGCGCUGAUGUUUGGCGAUUGUAUGACACUUAUGGAUUUCCAGUUGAUUUGACACGAUUAAUGGCUGAAGAAAAUGGUCUCGGAGUGGAUGAGCAAGGAUUCUUGCAAGAACAAGAAAAGGCUAAAGAAAUAAGUCGCAAUGCCCGUAAUGCUGGUGCUGAUGAUCGUGAAAUUGUAGCCCUGGAUAUGCAUGAUAUCGCAAAGAUAGAACAGGAUAAAAUUGCUAAUAUAACCAACGAUAAUUUCAAUAUAAAAGUCACUGUCAAGGGCAUUUAUUAUAAUCAUUCAUUCUUUCCGAAUACUGAUGAUAUUCCGUCUGGCAAAUCCUUCGGCAUAAUUCUUGAUCGUACGAAUUUUUAUGCAGAACAAGGCGGUCAACAGUAUGACUCUGGUUUUAUCACUAUUGAUACUGUUGAUGCUCAAGCAGAAUUUGAAGCUAUUCACGGACUUCGUGCCGUAUUCGGUGAGGUCUAUCCUGAUCCUGUUAGAGUAGUAUCUAUAGGAUAUGACGUGAACGAUAUCGUGCAGGAUGUAUCAAAUCCAAAAUGGGUUGCUUAUUCUUUUGAUUUGUUUAAAUUAAGUCACGUUGCAAAAACCGGAGAUAUCAAAGGUUUUAUUAUUUUGGAAGAAUCUGGCAUUGCUAAAGGCAUUCGUAGAAUAGUUGCUGUGACUGGAGAAGAAGCUCAGCAGGCAAUUAAGGUUGCUGAUGAAUUCCGAAUUAAAAUUGAUAAUAUCUCAAAAUUACAAGGGGCUGAAUUGGAUUCUGCACUUAAACUAGUAUCAAAAGAACUUGAUGCUUCAAAUAUAUCUUCACUAAAAAAAUCAGAAUAUCACAAAGCUGCCUACUUAUUUUCAAUUGAUGAAACUUCAAGCCGUGUAGCUCAUAGUUGUAUUGUGGGCAAGUCUUUAAUUGAUAAAGGAUUAAAAGCAGUUGAUUGGGCUAAAGUCGUGUCUGAAAGCGUUGGUGGAAAGUCUGGAGGUAAAGAUGAUGCUGCCCAGGGUAGUGGAACAAAUGUUGGUGAAAUUGAUAAUGCACUAAAAGUUGCGGAACAAUUUGCUAAACUUCAAUU